ACAAAUUGAGCUUUCAUCUACGACAGAUCCGCAAGUCAACAUACAUGAGCCUCGUGAGACCUUUGUCAACUUGAUAAGUGAAAUCUGAUUUAGGUUUUGCUUAAAUUUCAAGAAUUUUCUCAUCUGUAAUAUUUUAUUUUAUAUUUUUAAGAUUAUAUUCUGUUAAUAGUUUUGAAGAGAUCCCGUUGAAAACUUCCAAUCUUGAUUUUUCCUUUUUGUGAUCUGUUGAGAAAAGAAUGGGCGGAUGUUUCAGUAAGAAUAAUCACUCAAGCCCUGGGUAUGAACAAAUCCAUCAAAAUGCUCAAAACCCAUCAACUCAGUUCAGUCCUCAGCCUGAACCUGAACGGCACCACCAGCCACCACCGCAGAAACCACCGCCUCCUCUGAACCUUACAUCCCCACAACCCCAGAAUCCAGUUCAUAGAUUAGAACCCAAUAACAUUUUAGGAAAGCCCUUUGAGGAUGUGAGAUCAAAAUAUACUCUCGGGAAAGAAUUAGGGAGGGGACAGUUUGGGGUAACUUGUCUUUGUACUGAGAAUGAAACUGGCCACACCUAUGCCUGCAAAUCUAUACUGAAGAGGAAGCUUGUGAGUAAGAAUGAUAAAGCGGAUAUGAAAAGGGAGGUUCAUAUAAUGCAGCAUUUGAGUGGGCAGCCGAAUAUUGUCGAAUUCAAGGGUGCUUAUGAGGAUAGGCAUUCUGUGCAUCUUGUAAUGGAACUUUGUGCUGGUGGGGAGCUUUUUGAUAGGAUUAUUGCUCAGGGACAUUAUUCUGAAAAAGCUGCUGCUGAUCUUUGUAGGCAGAUUGUGAAUGUUGUUCACCAUUGCCAUUUUAUGGGGGUGUUGCAUAGGGAUCUCAAGCCGGAGAAUUUUUUGCUCGCUAGUAAGGACCCGAGUUCAAUGUUAAAAGCAAUAGAUUUUGGGCUAUCUGUUUUUAUAGAAGAGGGGAAGGUGUACCGUGAUAUAGUUGGUAGUGCUUAUUAUGUGGCUCCUGAAGUGUUGAAGAGAAGUUAUGGAAAGGAAAUAGACGUAUGGAGUGCAGGUGUUAUUUUGUACAUCCUACUCAGUGGAGUGCCUCCAUUUUGGGCUGAAACUGAAAAGGGGAUAUUUAACGCUAUACUGAAAGAAGAAGUUGACUUUGUUGGCCAGCCAUGGCCCUCCAUAUCUAAUAGUGCCAAAGAUCUUGUUCAAAAGAUGCUGACAAAGGAUCCAAAAAAGAGAAUUACUCCAGCAGAAGUACUAGAGCACCCUUGGGUUAAAGGACAAGCACCCGACAAGCCAAUAGAUAAUGCUGUGCUUUCCAGAAUGAAGCAGUUCAGGGCGAUGAAUAAGCUCAAGAAACUUGCACUAAAGGUCAUUGCGCAAAACUUAUCCGAGGAAGAAAUUCAAGGCCUUAAAGCAAUGUUCACAAAUAUGGACACAGAUAAGAGUGGCACAAUCACUUAUGACGAACUGAAAUCUGGAUUGACUCGACUAGGCUCAAAACUAUCGGAAGUUGAAGUGAAGCAACUCAUGGAAGCUGCUGAUGUGGAUGGCAACGGGACAAUCGAUUACAUUGAAUUUAUUACCGCUACAAUGCACAGGCAUAAGCUCGAAAGAGAUGAGCAUCUGUACAAAGCUUUUCAGUAUUUUGACAAGGAUAACAGUGGCUACAUCACAAGAGAUGAACUGGAAAAUGCUAUGAAGGAGUAUGGUAUGGGCGAUGAAUCAACGAUCAAGGAAAUAAUUUCAGAGGUGGAUACAGAUAACGAUGGGAGAAUCAAUUAUGAGGAGUUCUGUACAAUGAUGAGAAGCGGAACUCAACUUCAGGGGAAGCUCUUUUAGCCUCUAGGGGAGUAUCUUUUCAAUUUUCGGAUUGAUGAGAGAAUUCUGCUGAGAUAUUGAAAUCUCAAGAAGAGGUCCGAGGAACACGAACCAUUCGAUCUCUUCAUCAAAAGGAGAUAAGUUGGAGUUUGAGUUUGUGAGAGCUUUUAGUUCAGAUUGCUUGCUGUUGAUGUGUUUUUGCAUACUCACUUCCAUAUUGUGUAAUGUACGUUUAUGACAUGUUUGUUGAGUUGAAAGGUAGGCUACAAGACCGUUCUAAUGAAGAAACAGACGUUAAAAUCUCUUAUCCCCUCUUAAAUAUCGAAGACACGUGUAGUUUGGCAAUCCAUUUGGAAGUCCAAGGCACCUCAAAUUAUUAAAAUAUUUCUCUGCUAAUUAAAGUAAUUUAUUGCAUCA